AUGAGGAUCCAGACAGGGAAGGAACAAGACAAGGCCCAGGCUUUUGAGUUGGCCUCAGGAGAAAAGAUUGUUUCACUGCUCGCCUGUGCUGUCCUGUCUUCCACCCAGCGCUGCGGGCCACAGCGCCGGAGGCUGGCAAACCCCUUAGAGGGAGACAAAACAGGCGCCCGCAGCGCGGCCCCUUUAAGAGGCCCGCCCGUCUCCGUCAGCCGCCGCGGCCACCGCCCCCCGGCCCUCCUCUUCCUGCGGCGCCGAGUGCGGGCCGGGCGGGACGUGGCGGCGCUUAGGUCUAACUUCGAGCGGAUCCGCAAGGGCCACGGCCAGGCCGGGGCGGCCGACGCCGAGAAACCCUUCUACGUGAACGUCGAAUUUCACCAUGAGCGCGGCCUAGUGAAGGUCAACGACAAAGAGGUGUCGGAUCGGAUCAGCUCCCUGGGCAGCCAGGCCAUGCAGAUGGAGCGGAAGAAGUCCCAGCACAGCGCUGGUUCGGGCCUGGGGGAUGCCCCCAGGCCCUCUUACAGAGGGCGCGCCUCUGAGAACAGCUGUGGCCUUGACGGCGACUACGAGGACGCAGAGCUGAACCCCCGCUUUCUAAAGGACAACCUGAUCAAUGCCAAUGGCGGCAGCAGGCCCCCUUGGCCGCCCCUGGAGUACCAGCCCUACCAGAGCAUCUACGUGGGGGGCAUGAUGGUGGAAGGGGAGGGCAAGGGCCCACUCCUGCGCAGCCAGAGCACCUCUGAGCAGGAGAAACGCCUUACCUGGCCCCGUCGGUCCUACUCCCCUCGGAGCUUUGAGGACAGUGGAGGCGGCUACACCCCGGACUGCAGCUCCAACGAGAACCUCACCUCCAGCGAGGAGGACUUCUCUUCGGGUCAGUCCAGCCGCGUGUCCCCGAGCCCCACCACCUACCGCAUGUUCCGGGACAAGAGCCGCUCGCCCUCGCAGAACUCACAGCAGUCCUUCGACAGCAGCAGCCCCCCGACACCGCAGUGCCAAAAGCGGCACCGGCAGGGCCAGGUCGUGGUGUCAGAGGCCACUAUCGUGGGCGUCCGUAAGACGGGGCAGAUCUGGCCCAGCGAUGGAGACAGCUUGUCCACCAGGCUGCCUCAGGAUGGCACCUUCCAUGGAGACGCAGAUACGUCAUUUGGAACACCACCUGGUUACGGCAGUGCCACGGACCGGACUGAGGAGCAGCGCCGACACCAGGAUGGGCUGCCCUACAUCGAUGACUCUCCCUCCUCCUCGCCCCACCUCGGCAGCAAGGGCAGGGGCAGCCGGGACGCAAUGGCCUCGGGAGCUCUGGAGUCUACGAAAGCAAGUGAGCUGGACCUGGAAAAGGGCUUGGAGAUGAGAAAAUGGGUCCUGUCUGGAAUCCUGGCCAGUGAGGAGACCUACCUGAGCCACCUGGAGGCGCUGCUGCUGCCCAUGAAGCCUUUGAAGGCUGCUGCCACCACCUCUCAGCCAGUGCUGACGAGCCAGCAGAUCGAGACCAUCUUCUUCAAAGUGCCUGAGCUCUACGAGAUCCACAAGGAGUUCUACGACGGGCUCUUUCCCCGCGUGCAGCAGUGGAGUCACCAGCAGCGAGUGGGCGACCUCUUUCAGAAGCUGGCCAGCCAGCUGGGUGUUUACCGGGCCUUUGUGGACAACUACGGAGUUGCCAUGGAAACAGCAGAGAAGUGCUGUCAGGCCAAUGCUCAAUUUGCAGAAAUCUCUGAGAACCUGAGAGCCAGAAGCAACAAGGAUGCCAAAGACCAGACGACCAAGAACUCUUUGGAAACCUUGCUCUACAAGCCUGUGGACCGGGUGACACGCAGUACGCUGGUCCUGCACGACUUGCUGAAACACACGCCCUCCAGCCACCCCGACCACCCUCUGCUGCAGGACGCCCUUCGCAUCUCGCAGAACUUCCUGUCUGGCAUCAACGAGGAGAUCACACCCCGCCGGCAGUCCAUGACGGUGAAGAAGGGUGAGCACCGGCAGCUGCUGAAGGACAGCUUCAUGGUCGAGCUGGUGGAGGGCGCCCGCAAGCUGCGCCACGUCUUCCUGUUCACUGACCUGCUCCUCUGCACCAAGCUCAAGAAGCAGAGCGGAGGCAAAACCCAGCAGUACGACUGUAAAUGGUACAUCCCGCUCACGGAUCUCAGCUUCCAGACAGUGGACGAGUCAGAGGCUGCACCCAACAUCCCCUUGGUGCUGGACGAGGAGCUGGAUGCCAUGAAGAUCAAGAUCUCCCAGAUCAAGAGUGACAUCCAGAGAGAGAAGAGAGCGAACAAGGCCAGCAAGGCCAUUGAGAGGCUGAAGAAGAAGCUCUCAGAACAGGAGUCGCUGCUCCUGCUCAUGUCCCCGAGCAUGGCCUUCAGGGUGCACAAUCGCAAUGGCAAGAGUUACACAUUCCUGAUUUCAUCUGACUAUGAGCGUGCCGAGUGGAGGGAGAACAUCCGGGAACAGCAGAAGAAAUGUUUCAAAAGCUUCUCCCUGACGUCCGUGGAGCUGCAAAUGCUGACCAACUCCUGUGUCAAACUUCAGACCGUCCACAGCAUUCCGCUGACCAUCAACAAAGAAGAUGAUGAAUCUCCAGGGCUCUAUGGGUUCCUGAAUGUCAUCGUCCACUCCGCCACCGGCUUUAAGCAGAGUUCAAAUUUGUACUGCACCCUGGAGGUGGACUCCUUUGGAUAUUUUGUGAAUAAAGCGAAGACGCGUGUCUAUAGGGACACGACUGAACCCAACUGGAAUGAGCUGGACCCCCAAGCCUUGCAGGACAGAGACUGGCAACGGACUGUCAUCGCCAUGAACGGGAUUGAAGUGAAACUCUCAGUCAAAUUCACCAGCAGGGAGUUCAGCUUGAAGAGAAUGCCUUCCCGAAAGCAGACGGGUGUCUUCGGAGUCAAGAUUGCUGUGGUCACCAAGAGGGAGCGGUCCAAGGUGCCCUACAUCGUGCGCCAGUGCGUGGAGGAGAUCGAGCGCCGGGGCAUGGAGGAAGUGGGCAUCUACCGCGUGUCUGGAGUGGCCACAGACAUCCAGGCGCUGAAGGCGGCCUUUGACGUCAAUAACAAGGACGUGUCCGUGAUGAUGAGCGAGAUGGACGUCAAUGCCAUUGCAGGGACCCUAAAGCUCUACUUCCGAGAGCUGCCCGAGCCCCUCUUCACCGAUGAGUUCUACCCCAACUUCGCUGAGGGCAUCGCUCUUUCAGACCCUGUUGCAAAAGAGAGCUGCAUGCUUAACUUGCUUCUGUCGCUCCCAGAGGCCAACCUGCUGACCUUCCUCUUCCUUCUGGAUCACCUGAAAAGGGUGGCAGAAAAGGAGACGGUGAACAAGAUGUCCCUACACAACCUCGCCACAGUCUUCGGCCCCACGCUGCUCCGGCCCUCAGAGAAGGAGAGCAAGCUCCCUGCCAACCCCAGCCAGCCCAUCUCCAUGACUGACAGCUGGUCCCUGGAGGUCAUGUCACAGGUCCAGGUGCUGCUGUAUUUCCUGCAGCUGGAGGCCAUUCCUGCCCCAGACAGCAAGAGACAGAGCAUCCUAUUCUCCACCGAAGUCUAAAGGCCCAACUUCAUCUCCAAGAGACCGGCAGAACGGCCUGGAAAACUUAUGAUGAAACGGGCCAUCCACAGAGCAGGAACCAAACCUUCUUGAGGAGGAAUUGGGCCGCCCCCAAGGGCGGGACCAUCUGCCAGGAGACAGCUAGCUACCCAAGGCAAAAGGCCAAGUGGUCUGGGCAGUUCUGGGCCCUCUGCCUGUGGGUCUGUGAGCUCCCAGCUGGCUUCAGACUGUGGUUUUCCACAUCACCACCAGAGGGCGCCCCAAGCCAGCAUGGUUCAGAAUGCAGGCCUGGCCAGGGACCAAGCGAAGGGAGUGGUUUUUAUGAACUUAACUUAUCAGAGUUUGAAAGAUUUCUACUGGAUCACUCGUCAAGAUGCACCCUUUCUGGAGAGAAGGGAAAACGACCAGAUUCCCUCACUAUCGUGUCUUGAAUAAACACUGCUGCUGCUUCA